UAUCCACGAUUUCUCUUCUUCUACUGCCAUGGCGUCACUCUCUUCCACUACUCCCACCAUACCACCGGUUCUUCGAUUCAGGGCGACUGAUUCCAAGUCUCUCUCAGAUUCGUUCUGGAAGUCACGCGUAAUAGCGUGUUGUUUAAGGAGCGAGAACCUUGUCAAGCUUGGUGCGGGGGUAAAUCUCUCCCGUGACCCCGUUGUCAAGCGGUCACUUCAGAAGAGAGUGGUGAUAAGGUCUGCAACUAUUGAAGAAAUAGAGGCCGAGAAAUCUGCUAUUGAGAAGGAUGCUAAAUCAAAAAUGGAGAAGACGAUAGAAACGCUUAGGACUAGUUUCAAUGCCAUAAGGACGGGGAGAGCCAAUGUGGCUAUGCUUGACAAGAUUGAGGUGGAGUACUAUGGAAGUCCAGUGAGUCUUAAAAGCAUUGCCCAAAUCAGUACCCCCGAUGGUACUUCUCUUUUGCUCCAGCCUUAUGACAAAUCUAGCUUGAAGGCUAUAGAGAAGGCCAUCUUGAGUUCUGAUCUUGGAAUGACUCCUAAUAGCGAUGGAGAUGUCAUUCGAUUGUCCUUGCCUCCCCUCACUUCUGAGCGAAGAAAGGAACUAACAAAGGUUGUAGCAAAACAGUCUGAAGAAGGGAAGGUUGCACUGAGAAACCUAAGGAGAGAUGCCUUAAAGUCUUAUGAUAAACUCGAGAAGGAGAAGAAGCUGUCUGAAGACAACUUGAAGGAUAUGUCAAGUGAUUUGCAGAAACUAGUUGAUACAUACAUGAAGAAGAUAGAGGAGCUCUGCAAACAGAAAGAGAAGGAAUUGUUGAAGGUGUAACUAAAAUGGUUGUUGGCAACGAUCUGGUAAAAUCCACUUAAUCCAACUUCUUUUGCCUCUUUAACUUUUUCUCGGAAAAAACAUCUCUUGUUUCUUGGGGUACGAUAAUGCCUCAGAGUUCUAAGUUUAUUUUCAGCUGGAAAACUUAGAAGACCUCUUUUUCCUCUUCUUCUUAUAUAUGCUUAAGUGAUCCCUCUUUGUACAUCAAACGCUUGUUGAUUUUUUUCUGUACAUAUUUAGACUAAACAA